CUAGUGCUAGUCUAUAUAAGUAUAUAUGGUUGUUUAAUGUUUACAACUAAUUCAAAACGAGUCCUCUGACGAAGUUGAGGAAGUUUCGUCAAGCCAGGGCCAGGCUAAGCGAAAGAAAACUCAAGACAGUAAGUCAUCCUCAAAAAAACCAAGACAGUUUAAUCCAGAUUGGCUAAAUGAGAAUAAGCAUCCAAAAUUUGCUAAGUGGCUAAUGCUGAAACUCAAUCCACAGACUGGAGAGAAUCAAGCAUUUUGUAGAGCUUGUGCGUUGUUUUAUCAAAAUCAUAAGGGAGAUUUAGAAAAACAUGUUGACCGUACCCAACACAAACAGAAUAUGGAAAAGUUCCCAGAGUUGCUUAAGCAACAGGAUCGUUUAGCCAAUUUUGCAUCUCCACUUAGGGAUCGUAUCACUAAUCUUGAACUACGAAUUUUGGCUCAUAUAUGUGAAAAUAGUCAAUCAGUGUGUUCUGCUCAAGGAAUGCUUGAAGUGAUGCAGACAGAAGGAAAUGAUCCCAUAUUCAAGAAAGCCACAUUAGGAUAUACAAAAGCAGGCAACUUGAUAAGAGAAGGAUUUGGAAAAUUUUGUACACAACAAACAGCAAGUAAACUGAAGAACAAAUAUUUUUCCAUUAUAUUCGAUGAAACCACGGACGUGUCUAUCAAAACUAAAAUGGUUAUUGUAGUUUGCCAGUGGUGCCUUGAAAAAGGAAAGCUGCAAUUCGAUGUUCUCGAUCUAGUGGAUGUUUCUGAUGGGACUGCAGAUGGAUUGACUAACUGUAUUCUUUCAAGGCUGGAAAAACACGGAAUUCCUUCCGCACGAUUUGUUGGGUUUUCAGCUGAUACAUGCAAUGUGAAUUUUGGAAGAAUCAAAUCAGUCUCAACAUUGCUGAGAGACCGUUUCCCCAAGCUCGCAACAGUCAAAUGUACUUGUCACAACUUUCAUUUAUGUGCAAAGCACUCCUAUAAGGCCUUGCCUCCAGAACUUAUUGAACUUCUCCAUGCUAUUCCUGCCCACUUCAGCAAUAGUCGUGACAGGCGAGAUAAAUUAAAGGAGUGUCUUAGAUUUCUCAAACUUGAUGAGUUGGAAAUUCUCAAGCCCGGAGAAACGCGUUGGCUCACUUUUAAAAACUGCGCUGUCCGCAUUCUCCAACAAUAUGACGCUUUAAUUUUACAUUUCAUUUCUGAGGUUGCUGAAAACCCCACAGAAAAAUACAACAGAAUUUUGUUUCUUUUGCAAGAUCCUUUUACUAAAAUUCUUCUUGAGUUUUUAAUUUGAGUGUGUUUUAAUUGAUACAUAAACAAGAAUUAACGCUUUUCAACCUUUUAAAACGUUUUUUUGUAUUAAAAACUAAAAAAAAUUUGGUGGUGAUUUUUUGGUGUUUUUGACUUUGGCGAAUGGUGAUUUUUCCGAAAAUCUGGCAACUGUUUGGGGAUUUCGACUACCAAGCAAGUGGGCACACUGAGUGUGGCUUCGGAUAUUUUAUCAGCAAAACGCGCCGCCAUGAAACCAGAUCUCUUCAUCAACUUGAUGCUUAUCAAGUGCAACGCAGGGCUUAAAGUUAGUUUACGUGAUGCUGUGUAAAACUGUAAACUAAAAGUAAGACUGUCAUGCAAUACAAUGCAGAAAUUCAACAAUUUAUCGACUCAA